AGUUCCACAACACGAAGGCAGCAGGCCAGAAGAAGAUUGAAGCCCGCGACGGGGAGGCCCAAAGCCCCAAACCCCACACUCCACCCACGUUCCCUCCGCUCCGCCGCUUCGUCGCCGAGCCAAAAAAAAAAAAGAGGAGGAAAAUUUCAAAACCCUCGUGCCCGGCGGCGACGGCCGGCGGCGCCAUGAGCCUGUUCGCGGGGGUCGGCGGCGGCGCGGCGGGCGCGGAACCGGCGUCCGCGGGCGGCACCGGCAGGGCACUGCUGGAGCUGACGCCGCACAAGGUCGCGGUGUGCCACCUCGUGCAGGUCUUCGCGCCGCCGGCGCAGGCCGGGGGAGACGUGGUGCCGCCCUUCCCGUUCGAGUCCGUCGCCCACCACAACCGCCUCGGCCUCUUCCUCUUCACUCUCACCCGGUCGUGCGAUGAUUUUCGGGAGCCUUCCCUGGAAGAACUUUUGAGGCAGCUGAAGGCAGUAGACGAUUUAACUAAUGGCUGGCUCUGUGAGCAGCUGACAAGUACCCUGUCAGCGCUGAACUCACCUGAUGAUUUGUUCAACUUUUUUGAUAAGCUACGAGGUGUGCUCACUGCACCAGAAGGUGCAAGUGCAGAGGACGUAUUUCUGGAUCCAAAUAGUCAACUUGGAGUUUUCCUUCGCUGCUGCAUACUUGCCUUCAAUUCAAUGACAUUUGAGGGUGUAUGCCAUCUUUUGGCAGAUCUUGUCAUGUACUGUAACUCCACUGAUGCUUCAUAUGACUUGGCAGAAGAUGAGGACUUCGAUAGUGAAAUGAGCAACUUGAUGGAUGCAGACAUAGGUUCUCAAGCUGGUAUAUUUGAGAAAUAUCGUCAAGGUUAUGCCUCUGACAGCCAUAUGGGGGAGAGCUCUUCAGCUCUAACUCAUGCACCAGGGUUGCUCCAUGAUUUUGAUGAAGCUAAUACUUUUAAAGUGGAUGACAACCCAACCUGUCUGAGAUCGAGGUGGCAGUUAGAGGCAUAUCUUAACCAACAAGCUGAUAUUCUCGAGAAGGAUCCCAGCUCAGUGCCUUUGAAUUCAUUUAAUGCCACUAUGACACAGCUUCAGACAUUAGCUCCAGAGCUUCAUCGUGUCCAAUUCUUGCAGUACUUAAAUGCGCUUUGCCAUGAUGACUAUGUUGCUUCACUGGAUAAUCUCCACCGCUACUUUGAUUACAGUGCAGGGAUGCAAGGACUUUUUGGUCGUUCUGUGUCUCCAGUGCAAGAUAUUGUUGUUGGAAACUAUGAGAGUGCCCUGCUAUGCUUAGGCAACUUGCAUUGUUACUUUGGACACCCUAAGAAAGCUCUAGAGGCAUUUGCAGAAGCAGUGCGUGUUUCUCAGAUGAAUAAUGAUGAUUCAUGCCUUGCCUAUGUACUAGGAGCCAUUUCCAAUCUAUUAUCAAAGAUAGGCAUGUCAAACACAGUUGGAGUAAUCAGUUCUCCAUAUUCACUCGGGACCAAUAUUGGACUGGGCACACCAUUAUCCAUUCAGCAACAGUUACUUGUUCUUUUAAAGCGAUCGCUCAAGAGAGCCGAUGUACUGAAACUUCCAAGCUUACUAUCCUUUGAUCACCUUUCCUUGGCAAAAUUUGACCUGAAGCAUGUCCAAAGGCCACUAGUCUCAUUUGGACCCAAUGCAUCUACAAAGCUUAGAACAUGUCCUGCAGAUGUCUGUAAGAAUUUGAGAUUAAGUUCCCGUGUGUUGACUGACUUUGGUACAGAUGUUUUAUCUACUUCAAAUGAAAAUGGUAGUUUUAGCACGUCGUGGCUUAGGAAUCUGUCCACUGCUUCUGAUUCAUGGCGUAGCAAUUCUAGGAAAUCUACAAAAUUGUAUAAUGACUUCGACAAUUUCCAUUAUCAUGCACAACCAAGUCCAAUACCUGCAUCAGUAUUGCAGUUAGCUGGCUCAUCAUAUUUGCUGAGAGCCACCGCAUGGGAGCACUAUGGGAGUGCUCCGAUGGUACGAAUGAAUGCUCUGGUCUAUGCAACCUGCUUUGCUGAUGCUGCAAGUUCAUCAGAGCUGUCUCUAGCUUAUGUCAAGCUAAUUCAACAAUUGGCAGUGUCCAAAGGAUAUUCCGCUGCAUUCUGUGCUCUAAAGCUUGCUGAAAAGAAGUUCCCAUCCUCAACAAGUUUGCACAUCCAGCUUCUUAGAAUGCAGAUACUACAUGAGCGUGCACUUCAUCGAGGGCAUCUGAAAGUUGCGCAGCAAAUCUGUGAUGAGUUUGGGGUGUUGUCAUCUUCUGUUUGUGGAGUAGACAUUGAGCUAAAGACAGAAGCUAGUGUACGGCGCGCUCGCACUCUACUUGCUGCAAAACAGUUUGGCCAGGCUGCAGCUGUGGCCAAUUCCCUUUUCUCUACGUGCUACAAGUACAACAUGCAAGUCGAGAAUGCAAGUGUUCUUUUGUUACUUGCUGAAAUACACAAAAAAUCUGACAAUGCGGUCCUUGGGCUCCCUUAUGCGUUAGCCAGCCAAUCAUUCUGCAAGUCAUUCAACUUGGAUCUGCUUGAAGCCUCCGCCACACUUACUCUUGCCGAGUUGUGGCUGGCCCUUGGAUCAAGCCAUGCAAAGAGGGCCUUGAGUCUUGUCCACCAGAGCCUUCCCAUGAUUCUUGGUCAUGGUGGACUUGAGCUGCGCGCCCGGGCUCACAUCGUUCUGGCAAAGUGCCAUUUAUCUGAUCUGAAAUUCUCAGUUCCUGAAGACCCUGAAGCUGUUCUGGAUCCUUUGAACCAAGCCACCCAAGACCUGCAAGUUCUGGAGUACCAUGAGAUGGCAGCAGAGGCGUACUAUCUGAAGGCGAUGGCAUACAACCAUCUCGGCAAGCUCGACGAGAGGGAGGAAGCCGCGGCUCGUUUCAAGGAGCACAUCACUGCCCACGAAAACCCGCGCAACGAAGAGGACUCGCUGGCGUACUGAGACCGGCGAAACCGCCGCCGCCGCUGGCGCGCAGGCUCCGGCGACCGUGCUGCCAUGCCUUGGUAAGAAAGGCCGGCUCACGCGUGUAUGUGUGUCGAUUCGAUGUACAUUGUAAAAUCGAUGCGACAGUUGUAAUGAUUUAGAAUCAUAGAUUAAUAGAAAGAAUAAUUAGCAUAUAUGGAGAGCAGACAAAUGUAGUGA